AUGCCUCCACGCGGAAACGAAGGACUAGAUUUCACGCCCAUUCUCACUCAUUAUCUUUUUCUCUUCACGUCUGUCUUGUCUAUUAUUGCAUGGUUUGUUGCAUUUAUCGGACAAUGUAUAGCAACGGCGCAAUUUUCCAAUGAUGUGGUCAACACUCAAUGGUUCGGAAUAUUCCUCCAGCUUUUUUUGAUUGUCGGGGUCCUCUACACCCUAGCCAGCGAUUCAAUCUCCAUGCAUCGCUUCCCAAUAUCUGUCUUCGGUGCCAUUGCCAUAGUGUACGCAGUUGAGGGCGUGCAAAAAGGGAUCUUCUCUUCAGCUGGCUCCUUAAAUGCCAUGGCAGCUGGCUGGCUCAUCCUCGCCAUAGUCAACAUCCUCUGGGUCCUCUAUUUCACCUCUGAAGAAGAUUCCCUUGCCUUGCAUGUCUUCAACUCCCUAGGCACAGGCGGCCUUACCCCACCAUCCCGGCGGCGCCGCACUCGCACCCAGAAUUCUGUGCAUAACAUAUCUACAACCAAUGGCUAUGCGGCCAACUAUGGCUCUGGAGGUGGUAUCGGCUCCUAUGAUGUUUAUAAGAUCGGCAGUGGUGCUGGAAGCGGUAAAGUCAGGAGUCAACAUAGUUUCACAGCGCCAACGGAAGGAGAGGGAAAGAGCGUUGGAGGAGGAAGCAUAACUGGCGUUACUAGCACUGCUCCCCCAGGUUCCAUAGGUGGCAUAGACAACAAUGGUCCCAAUUCGCCCCUCAUGGCUGGUGUCGGCGCUAGCAGUUUGAGCGGGCCUCCACUCACCGAGCCCUCAGAAACAGCUGCCAUAAAAGCCAAGGCACUCUACGCAUAUACUCAAUCUCCUGACGAUCCAAAUGAACUAUCUUUCAACAAAGGCGAAAUCCUUGAUGUCCUUGAUAAACAGGGCAAGUGGUGGCAAGCACGAAGAGCGGAUGGCACAACAGGAAUCGCUCCGUCAAACUACCUGCAGGUCAUAUAACGAUUCUAUGUCCUUGUCACGCUCUAUAUGAUCUGUCUGUUACGUUACGCCCAUACUACAUGCAUGAUCCUAUGUAAUUUCUCGGAGAACGUUACUAUUCAGCGUGCUUCUCUAUUCUCCCCCUCUUCUUCCAAUGUGUAAAGUAUCGUCUUCCCACAAUCUGUACCGCCGAUCUCGUAUCGCUGACUUUUGUGUGCUCUCUACUUUUUGUCUAUCUAUUGAGAUACCAUUUUCUCUAUCCGUUUCUUCAUGGAGACAGCGACGUGUAGCGCUCAGAGCAAUGAUGGUGGGAUCCUUCGUGAGAAAAAAUACAUCUGUUGUACUGUCGCUCAAAUGAUACAAGAUUCGGCUUUAUAUGCAAUGU